CUUGUUAAGGGAGGAGGGAUGAAUUUGGGUUUGGGACCCGAGACGUGAGAUUCGACACCGCGGAGGAUAAAUAUUGACCUAAUUGGAGUUUAUUGUAAUAAAGUUUAAAGAUCGAGUAGAUUUUAAAUAAAUAUUUUGGGGAAAAUCGGUUUAAAACGCAGAUUUCGUCCCUACAAUGGCGCCAACGAUUCAAACUCAAGCGCAGCGCGAGGACGGGCAUCGGAGCUCGUCACACAGAACCGUCCCUGAGAGGUCUGGUGUUGUGUGCCGGGUUAAAUACUGUAACAGCCUCCCUGACAUCCCCUUCGACCCCAAGUUCAUCACAUAUCCCUUCGACCAGCACCGGUUUGUGCAGUAUAAAGCCACCUCACUCGAAAAACAACACAAACAUGAGCUGCUCACCGAACCAGACCUGGGAGUGACCAUUGACCUCAUCAACCCCGACACCUACCGCAUCGACCCUAACAUUUUGUUAGAUCCUGCAGAUGAGAAGCUCCUAGAAGAGGAGAUCCAGGCACCCACCAGCUCCAAAAGAUCCCAGCAGCAUGCGAAGGUGGUCCCGUGGAUGAGGAAGACUGAGUACAUCUCCACAGAAUUCAACCGAUAUGGUGUUUCCAACGACAAAGUGGAGGUCAAGAUUGGUGUGUCUGUGAAGCAGCAAUUCACAGAAGAAGAGAUCUACAAGGACAGAGACAGUCAGAUCUCUGCCAUCGAAAAGACCUUCGAAGAUGCUCAGAAGAAUAUCGCCCAGCACUACAGCAAACCCAGAGUUACACCUGUGGAGGUGUUGCCCGUCUUCCCCGAUUUCAAGAUGUGGAUAAACCCGUGUGCGCAGGUCAUCUUCGACUCCGACCCCGCUCCUAAAGACGUCCCCAGCUCUGCGGGGGUAGACAUGAUGUCCCAGGCUAUGAUCAGAGGAAUGAUGGACGAGGAAGGGAACCAGUUCGUGGCGUACUUCCUGCCCAACGAAGAUACGCUGCGUAAGCGGAAACGAGAUGUGGAGGAAGAACUGGAUUACAUGCCUGAGGAGCUUUAUGACUAUAAGAUAGCGAGAGAGUAUAACUGGAACGUGAAGAACAAAGCCAGCAAAGGCUACGAGGAGAACUACUUCUUCAUCUUCAGAGACGGAGACGGCGUUUACUAUAACGAGCUCGAGACCAGGGUGCGUUUGAGUAAGAGACGUGCGAAGGCCGGAGCUCAGUCCACCACCAAUGCUGUGCUGGUCUGCAAACACCGAGAUAUGAACGAGAAAGAGCUGGAAGCACAGGAGGCUCGCAGAGCUCAGCUGGAGAACCACGAGCCAGAGGAUGAGGAGGAAGACCUGGACAAAGACACACAGGACUCUGGUGAUGAGAAGGACAAAGGCAGCGAGAGCGAGAACUCGGACAGCGGCUCCGACCAGGACGAAGAGGACGAGGGGCGGGGUGAGAACCAAGACGACGAAGAGGAAGAGGAGGAGGAAGAGGAGAGGAAGGCGAGCGGGAGCGAGAGCGGAGAGGACCGGCACGCUCGCGACGAGGAGGAGAUCUUCGGCAGCGACGACGACGACAGCGAGGACGAGGACGAGGGCGGAGCUAGGAGGAGGAGGCGGAGCGAGGACGAGGACGCUGAAGAAGAGGGAGGAAGGGCGAGCGGGAGCGCUUCACCCGCCCAUAGCAGCAGCGGCCAAUCAGAGGGAGGGGGAGGGCAGAGCGGCAGCGACAGGGGCUCAGACUCCAGCAACGCCAGCGACAGCGAAUGAGACCGCAGCGUUACGACUGCUUAUGACUGUUGAGAUCGUUUAUAACCAAUACGUCCUUCUCAACAUGAAAAGCUCGACACUUCUGUCCCAGCUGGAGCCGUAUAAAUAUAACGCUAUAAAUACACACGUCAAGAUCUGCUCUUCUUCCUUCAUUGUGGUUUUUUUUUGUUGUUUUUUUAUUAUUUGUUUUAAAAGCUAAAAUCUCAUCAUCACUUUGCUGUAAAAACUGCUGUAAAUAAACAGUUCACUUGUUUAAAAAA